AUGGUAUUGUUGUUUGUAAUAGGUUAUGUUGUGAUCAUCUUCGAGAAGUCUUUAUCUAUCAAUAAAAGCAGAAUAGCACUUUUGAUGGCCGUGAGUUUGUGGGCUGUGCAAAGCAUCGGGGCUUCUCUAGAAAGUAUUGUUUUAGAGUUUCAACACGCAACAAGUGAAGUUAGUCAAAUAGUGUUUUAUUUGCUCGGCGCAAUGACUAUUGUAGAGAUAAUUGAUGCUCAUCAAGGAUUCAAGCUAGUUACAGAUUAUCUAACAUCUAGGAAACCAAAUAUACUUUUAUGGAUGAUUGGUUUUGCUACAUUUUUCCUUAGCUCCGUUCUUGACAACCUAACAACUACUAUUGUUAUGGUUUCUCUACUGAAAAGACUGGUUCCUUUAUCAGAAUACCGCAAACUUUUAGGAGCAGUUGUGGUCAUAGCAGCAAAUGCAGGAGGAGCUUGGACUCCUAUUGGUGAUGUUACUACAACUAUGCUAUGGAUACAUGGCCAUAUAUCAACAUUUUCGACUAUAAAGGUCUUUUUCACAUUUUUUUUUUUGAUUCAGAUGAUUAAAUUAAUUAAAGGCCUUGAAUAUGCAAAUGAUAUAGAUUAUACUUUUAUCUAUGUUCCACUGGCUUUCAUGUCAUUGACAAGUGAGGUAAACGGAGUGGGACUAAAUAAUCCUCCUACCCCAUUAUUAGAUUAUGAUCAGACUGCUCCAAGAGGAAAGCUUGUAUUUGGAGUUGGUUUUGGAGCUUUAGUUUUUGUCCCAAUAUUUAAGUCAUUAACCGGAUUACCUCCUUACCUGGGUAUUUUGUUGGGUCUUGGAGUUAUAUGGAUUUUGACUGAUGUGAUCCAUUAUGGGGACUUAGAGAGACAACACCUAAAACUUCCACACGCUUUGUCUCGGAUAGAUUCACAAGGAGCUUUCUUUUUCCUUGGAAUUCUGUUAUCUAUGAGCACUCUUGAUGCAGCUGGGAUUCUCAAAGUGAUUGCAAACUAUCUUAAUGCUCAUAUACCCAAUGUUGAGUUGAUUGCCGUUAUUAUUGGUGUGGUAUCAUCCAUCCUAGAUAACGUCCCAUUGGUUUCAGCAACCAUGGGGAUGUAUAAUCUCUCAACGUUCCCUCAAGAUUCUGAGUUCUGGCAACUCAUUUCACUUUGCGCUGGAACCGGCGGUUCCAUGCUUAUUACUGGAUCUGCUGCUGGAGUAGCCUUCAUGGGUAUGGAGAAAGUUGAUUUCUUUUGGUACUUCCGUAAGGUGACUGGUUAUACUUUUCUUGGUUUUACUGCUGGUAUCUGGACUUACCUCACGGUUAAUAGUUUCUCUCUUUAA